AUGAAACCCGCCAUCCUUGCCGUGGCCGCUGGCACGCUUCUCGCCGGCAGCAUCACCGCCGCUCCUGUCGCCACAGUCCCCGUGCCCAGCGCACCCCAAGACUGCCAUCCCACAGCCAGCGACCCCAACGCCUUCACCUACGAGAAGAUGGGCCAGAUCGCGCAACAGGACGUGCAGCUGCCGCCCGUCAUCGAGCGGCGCGGCGCCCACCCCGCUGACGAGGACAUCUUGCACGAGCUCGACCGCGGCAGCGCGAGACCCGUGCCGCACGAUCUGCUGCGGCACAAGAACGAGAGCGAGGCGACGGAGCCGCGCAACAGCAAGGUGCGGGAGAUGAGCACCGACGAGGAACCCCGCGCGCUGCACGAGGGGGCGUCCGCGCCCAAGAUGAAGCGCGGCAUGUUUGACACGCUAGCCAAGCUUUGCAAAGGUAUGGGGGGAAAACUCCAUGCGCCGUCCUGCAGCGUGUGGAAGCCGUGGUUCUACUCGAGCAAGCAGUAUGAGACCAAGCCGCCCUACAAAGAGAUCACGCCGGAGUUUAACAAGGCGUGGAAGGACAGCGAAAAACGCCAAGGCCUGAGGUGGAAGAACCUGUCCAAAGCAGGCAUUCGGGAGAUCAAGAACCGAAAACCGCCAACGCUGGCGCCAGGAACGGCUCUCCCAAAUGAGCUUUCCCCGCCUCUCUCCCCAGAAGAGAUAGCUAGUUUUGAUGAGUAG